AUGCAUUUCAGUGGUGCUCCUACAGACAUUUGGUCAUGUGGCGUGGUUUUAGUUGCGCUGUUGGCUGGAGAACUGCCCUGGGAAAGUCCUCAACCAUCAACUACUGCGUAUGCGAAUUGGAAGGAAUGCCCGAAUCUUGAUGAGCAUCCGUGGAAGAAAAUUGGAACACUUGCACUUGCGCUAUUACGAACAAUGCUGGUGGAGGACGAAUCGAGGCGAGCCACAAUUGAACGCAUUGAAAAGCAUCCUUGGUUUACAGCCGAUUUCGUUAAAAAUAAAGGUGUAUUAAGUCGAAUCAAUAGUGAUGCAGAACGCAUGCCAGAUAACGGUGUACCACUCAAAAGACGUCGCUGUGACCUGGGCUAUUCUGGCGACUCGUAA